AUGGGUGAACAAGACUUGGUGCGAAUAAGCACACGGGCAGCAGAGAAUUGGAUGACUUCAAGAUUACAGGAAGAUGGAAUCCAGCAUGUUCACACUGGGGAGAGACCGUUCACCUGCUCCGAGUGUGGGAAGGGAUUCACUGAUUCAUCCAGCCUCCUGAGACACCAGCAAGUUCACACUGAAGAGAGGCCUUUCAAAUGCCCAGACUGUGGAAAGUGUUUUAAAAGUUCCAGGAAUCUGAUGUACCAUCAACGUGUUCACACUGACGAGAGACCUUUCAGUUGCUCUCACUGUGGGACUGGAUUCAGGCAAUCAUCUCAUCUCACUGGACACUGGCGACUUCACACUGAGGAGAGGCCAUUCAUCUGUUCUGAGUGUGGGAAGGGCUUCACCACCUCAUCCACCCUGCUGAUACACCAGCGAGGUCACACAGACAAGAGACCUUUUAAAUGCCCAGACUGUGGGAAGUGCUAUAUAGGUUCGGGGAAUCUGAUGCUCCAUCAACGUGUUCACACUGAUGAGAAACCGUUCAGGUGCUCUCAGUGUGGGACUGGGUUCAGGUGGUCAUCUCACCUCACUGACCACCAGCGAAUUCACACUGGAGAGAGGCCAUUCACCUGCUCUGAGUGUGGGAAGCGAUUCAUUCAGUCAUCCAGCCUGCUGAGACACCAGCGAGUUCAUACUGGGGAGAGACCGUUCACCUGCUCCGAGUGUGGGAAGGGAUUCACUCGGUCAUCCCACCUGCUGAGACAUCAGCGAGUUCACAAGUAA